AUGUCGGUGAUAGUGAUCUGGAAGAAGAAGCAAUAUGAGGUGUUUUUCAAGAACGAGUUCGAACAAUUUGGAGAUUCUUGGCCCAAGGCAGUGACUCUUGGUGCUCUCGCUGCACGAUUAGCUCAGAGCACAAAUGUCUCGUUAUCGAACAUGAAGCUGCUUCAAUCGGGAGUUCAUAUGAAAGAUUUCAAUGCUAAGCUCAGUGACUAUAGAGUGAGGGCAGGGACAAGGAUCACCAUGUUAGGAGAAACCAGCCCUCAGAUGGAGCAAGUGAAACCAGAAUCCAAGAUACCCAUAUCUAAAACUCAUGCAACACCACAAUCUCCCACCACCCCAACAACCACUACAACAACACAAUCAACUGAAGCAACAUCCGACGACGGAGAAUCAUCCCUCAUAGAUAAACUGAAUGCAAUUACAACCAAAACGAAAGAGACUCUCUUGCCAAUAAUCGAAUUGUACAGUCAUCAGGCUCAAAGCUUUAUAGCUGCGCACACAGCAGCAAGCGAAGACAGACUCCAUAUGACAUCGUCUCUGCCACUACCAACUAUAAAGCAUUUGAAGGACUCGCAUGCUAGAGUGAGUGAACUUUUGUUACAACAACUAUUGCAGCUCGACGGAGUUAUCUCGGAGAAAGACAAUGUACGUGCUUCACGACGAGAAGCUGUCAAGUACACCAACGCGCUAUUAGAUCGUGUAGAUGGGCUGAAGGAUAGAGUGAAUUCGUUGAUAAAGGAUAAGGGAUUGUUGUAA